AGAGCGGUUCAACCGCAAACGAGAAGGUGCCGCGGAAGGCCAGCCUGAGUCGGCCCUCGUCGGCGCCCGGUCUGCCCACGCGACUGCCUCCUCGACUCGACACCGCCGACGCUAGCACACAAGUCGGCGCGGCGAGGAGUGAGACACACCGCCCGUUACUCGAGAACUCCGCGAGAUGCGGCCCUUGCUUACACGAUGUAGUUGCCACCGGGCGAGCCGACAGCUGCGCUCCAGGAGGCAGGCCCGAGCCGUAGCCGCACGAUGAAGGGACCCCGAGUCCGUGCCACCAGACGCGACCAUCCUCGAUGACGAUCCUGUCCGUUUGUUCGCAACGUGCGCGUGCAAAAGGCCGAGUCUCUGCGUCUUCUGACUACAUGUGUGUGUGUGCUGUCUGUAGAGCGCUCGCGGGCAUACCUCUGCUGCGGGAACUGCGCGUACCAAUGAACGGUCGUCUCUCCCACGACAUCCCGAGAAACAUGGUGCCCCGUGAGAAAGCAAUUCGCAGCUGCUGCUUCUGUCUGGCUUUUCUUUGUGCAAUGGCAAUUUUCCCAGUUGUCACGGCCACCUCCAUGCCUCCACCUAUUGGCACCUUUCAAGCACUACAAGCGCCAGAGAGCGCUGAUGGGGCCAACUCAGUGCCAAGCGAAGUUGUUGACACGAGAGCCAAAACCGAACGGUUACGUGAAAUCAGCACCGAGGUCGAGAUCACAAACGCGACCGACACCAGCGGCCACCUACAUGCCACCGACAACGUGGUGAAGAAUUUGUCGAAGAACGUGGUGGUGAAAUCUGCAUCUACCUUUCAACCGGCAAACGCAGAAGAAGAUGAUGCCUCUAUUCUUGACGACGACUCUACACCAACAUCAGCGGGCCCUAGUUCAUCGGAGGAGUCCCGAAUGGAAGCACUUAGGUCAAUGGAAUCGGUGACAAUACGACCAGAAGAGGCAGUUGACGAUGCCAAGGAGCAACAACAGAACUUCCCCAAGGAGCACUCGGGCACCUUAGUGGCGCGCGGACCCGAGCCUGACAGGAGCCGGCGUCCGGAGUACGACUUCGACAACCCGACAAGCGGCGGCACCAACGUCUACAUCGUGGCUAUCGUGGGUGUCGUGCCAGCGGCCGGAGCGGUCAUCUGGUGCGUCCGAAAGAUGAUCGCCAAGAAAAGGGAGAACAAAGAAAAUCCGGACGCGCCACCAGCAGAAGAGGAUGAUAAGCAUACGGUGGAGCAAGAUCCUCCGACCAAGUAUAGCUACAUCCAGGACGCUUACAACAAGAUGUAUGCAAAGACGAUCGGAGAGCUAAUGCCUACGAGUUCAGCGCCACCGUAUCCUCGUGCCAGCGCUCCGGUGGCCUCGAGUCCGGACGAAGUGCCGCGGGACGACGUGCGCUUGGAGCGCGUGUUGGGUGAAGGAAACUUCGGUCGUGUGUGGAAGGCCACGGCGUACGGACUCAACGGCUCCAAGAGGUCCACGCCAGUCGCCGUCAAGACCCUCAAAGAGUACGCGACCAACGAGGAGAAGAGAGACCUUGUGCGCGAGAUGGGGCUUAUGAGGAAACUGGGCCAGCACCCGCACGUCGUUCGCUUCCUGGGAUGCUGCACACUCGACGAACCCCCGUUACUCAUCAUGGAGCUGGUUUCGCGGGGCAAGCUGCAGUCAUUUCUGCGCGAACACCGUUCCCAGGGUGCGUACUACAACGAACCCGAGGACGACGGUUGCCUGGGGCCACGAGACCUGGCGCAGUUUGCCCUACAGGUGGCGCAGGGCAUGGACUACAUCCACAGGAAAGGGAUCAUCCACCGUGACCUGGCCGCCCGGAACGUGCUCGUGGACGAGCACAGCCAAUGCAAGGUGGCCGACUUCGGCCUGUCUCGCAGUGUGCGCGAUUCCGAAACGGACGUCUAUCAGCAGAAGUCCAAGGGUGCGCUACCGGUGCGGUGGAUGGCCCCGGAGUGUCUCUACCUGCAGGUGUUCACCACAAAGUCCGAUGCGUGGGCCUUCGGAAUCCUGCUGUGGGAAAUCGUUACGCUGGGUUCCACACCAUACCCAGGCCUAAGCGCUCAGGAGGUGAUCCAUGCAGUACGCGACGGUCGCGUGAUGGCACAGCCGGUGCACUGCCGCUGGGAACUGUACCGACUCAUGCGUGCCUGCUGGCACCCAGACCCGAAGGAGCGGCCGCCCUUCUCGAAGCUUGCCACCGACCUUGAUCAACUCAUCAAGCUGAACGCCGGAUACAUUGACCUAGACAACUUUCCCGAACACGCCUACUACAAUAUCGAAUAUGGCGUGGACGAAAAAUUGUAGACAUCUCCUAUUGACUUCUCCCCUUAUUGCCGGACACCUGCGGCUGAAGGCGUCCGGCAACUAUUGUGUUGCCUCGCAUCAGUUGUGUUUCUCUUUAUUUUAUUUUCUAUUGGCUGUGUGAAACAUCCCAAGAAUGAAACAAGGACAUUUGUUGUGAUGUUACCACCAAGCGUGUGGCUGAGAGGCCUGACGGCUGUGAAGUGAGAGAAGCCGCACAGGCUGCAUAAUGGACCGCCAGUGAAUAGACGCCGCGCCUGAAGAUUUUCUGACUUUGUUCACUUAAGGACAUUUAAAGGAUGCCAAGUCUGUUUCGUGACAGUAAUCGAAUCAGAGACUCGUGCAUGUGCAUUUUGAUGUAUAGCAUUUAAGGUUACUUGUGUGCUUUCAAUUCCAACGUGGAAGUUUCGCUGCAUCCAAGGAGGACUAAAAAAAUUACUGGAGUGGGAAUGAUGGCCCAGGAGUGAAGCCAUUCUUCUGGCGAAAUGGUGGCGGUGGUAGCCAUCUUUAUAGGGGCAUGAUAAAGUAUCACCGUUCAGCGAUUAAAAAGGGAGCAUUUCCCUCGCACGCCCUACGAGUUUAAUGUGAGAACUUUUUCGGGUCACAUAGUGCUCCAAGUGCGUCUUACAGUACUAAUUUUCCUUAGUAAGCCUUUAAUUAGAGGCAAAGUUCUCUGAAGAUUCAGUCGUCCAUACUCGUUUCUGUGUGUUAUUUCAUCGGGAACAACUAUCUUUUAAUAUAGAACUAACGUAGCAUUUACAUAACAUAUCAAAGCCACUUGAUCUUUAAGUGGGCACUAUCAGAAAAGAGCAUAUUUGUGCCAUCUUGGCAGUGGCAAAAGGUGGCUUCACUUCUGCUGGCAAGGCAUUGCGGAAGCUUCCGCUCCAGCAAUUUUUAUUGAAUCCUCCUUGGCUGCAUCUGGUCGUUUGACGUGCGUGCAAAGGUCGAAGUUAACUGUACCAUCACGUGCUAAACUGAAGCAUUUUGUGCUUCAAAUUGCUAAGAGCGAUGUAAAUUCCCAGGUUGUUGCAUUGCGAGCUCCAUCAAGAAAGGUGCGUAAUAAACAAAAGCUGUCAUUGACUAGGAAAACGCUGUAAGAAAAAUAUGGUACAUCCUAACAAAGCAAUCUACAGACUGCAUUCAAAUAAAUCAUAUAUCCAUUACACAAUACAAUGCCAACUUAGCAGUCAUGUGUACAGCUGCCUCGAAUAGUUUUUUUUUUUUUCAAGCCUAAGGUGAACAGCCUGAACAGUCGCCAAACUGUAGUACAACUAUACUUCGAUCAACGCCAUAGCAUACAAGAAAGGCUGUGCACAGAUCUCAAUGUCAUGUACCAUACAGUUUCUAGCUACUCCACCCAGUAUAUACAGUUAAGCUGGAAAAACUUAACACAGGUACUGAGGCCUCAAGCUUGAAACUUGCGCAAGCAUGAAAAAAAGUGCAAUGCGAAUGUAAAAAUGUGUCAGCUGCAUCGUCGGUGAGAUUGUUGGCCUGAACCACACAAGCACACACACGUAAUAUUUAGCUUCGGAUAAAAAUUUAUUUCAUAAAAAAAUAAUGUGCAUCUACGCAAGAAGCAUUCAUUCGUUAAGCUGCAUGAUUCCUCUAGCGGAUGGAGGACAACGCAUAUAAUUAGCAGACGGAAGACCAUAACUAACCUGUAGUUUAGGAGAAAGGUAUAUUUCAAAAGAACGUCGCAAAAUCUGUUUCCUUUUGUAGCGCAUGGGAGUUGCUACAUAGCUACAUAGCAAAUCUACAUAGCUGUGUAUAGGUAAUAAAAAUGAUGUUGAGUUUGUUCUCACUCAUUUACCAUGGUUAAACUUGUACCAGCUGUUCUUGCCUAAUUGGUUAAAUGAAAAUUUUGUUUACAUUGCUUCUACACAUAUUGUUUUGGUCUACAAUAAGGCCGAAAAUGAAUAAAAGAGCGAGAUGCACAGAAUCAGGUGCAAACUUGGGGGAUCAUGUUAAUAUCUAACCACAUUCCUUCCCAUGUCUAGCUAAUUAUCCUGCCUAGCUGCCUUCCGGUUAUCUGGUCCUUGACAUAUGAGCAAACACGAAGGCCUUAAAUGUCAAGUGAAUGGUCAGUGUAUCCGAAACUGAUUAUCCAAAAAGUGUUGAAUUCUCGCUGUGGAUGACAUAAGCGUUCGAUGCUUUUUUGGAACUGCCAUGCGAAGGUCUCAAUAUGUUUGUGACAAGUUGUGCAUGUUGGCUUCGCGCUGUUUUGGGUGAACCCCGAGCUUCACGAACGCUUGCGAACGCGGUAUUUCGGACACUAUAUAUACGUACAAUCAGUCAUUCGACAGACGCGAGACGUCGGGAGAACUUUGUAAACUACUGGCACUUUAUCAAACUUGGCACAAGAAGUUUAUCACCAGUCGUCCUCGAUAGUACAGCAGACUGUGCCUGUGCGCUCAACGUUCAUGUGUAUACACGUAUUCAGUUCAUUCCAAUGCUUGUGUAUUCCCGCUCUCCGCGCGAGCAUCAGACUGUACUCUUCCUGAAUAUUGGUUUGUGUGCGUAUUAAAUGUUGCUGUGAUUAUGCGUA